AAGCUGGCGUGCAAACAAAUGGGAACAAAAGAAACCAGGUUUUGAAGAUUGGACAUGGUGGAACUUUGGACAGUGCAGCGGCAGGAGUUCUGGUGGUUGGUAUUGGAAGAGGAACAAAAAUGCUAAGAACUAUGUUGGCAGGUUCCAAGAAGUACACUGCUAUUGGACUGCUGGGUAAAGCUACUGAUACAUUAGAUGCUACGGGAAAAGUAACUGAAGAAAAACCUUAUGACCAGGUAACAAAAGGAGAUCUUGAAAAUGUGCUGCAGAAGUUCACAGGGGAUAUAAUGCAGGUUCCUCCACUUUAUUCUGCUUUGAAGAAGGAUGGAGAAAGGCUAUCAACUCUGAUGAAGAGAGGAGAAGCAGUUGAAGCAAAGCCUGCUCGCGCCGUCAGAGUGUACAGCCUCUCUCUCCAGCAGUUCCAGCCACCACUGUUCACGCUGGAUGUUGAAUGUGGUGGUGGCUUUUAUGUCAGGAGCCUGGUCAGUGACAUUGGCAAAGAACUCUCUACCUGUGCCACUAUGCAAGAGCUGACCCGGACCAAACAAGGGCCCUUUACGCUAGAGGAGCAUGCCCUUUCUGAAGAGAAAUGGACAAUUGAUGAAAUUGCACGAUCCUUAGAGCAUUGCACGUCUCUUUUCCCGGGAGAGCCAUCUCAUAAAAAAUUGAAGACACAGCAUCCUGGUGAAACUGCUGUGAGCUGCGAAGAUAAGUGAUAAGUUGGGUCAAGGAAAAAGACUGAAUGAUUGAGACAUUUUAAAAUUGGAUUGGGAUUGUCUUGCCUCCUGUGUAAAUUUACAGGCCUGUACUGGGAGGAUGACAAACUGCAGUGCAAGAAGAAUCGUUCUUUUGUUUUCUCGGGUUAAACAUGCACUGAAAAUAUCCAGCUCUUGCUGUUUCCUGAUCUAUUUUCCUUCUUGCACACUGUAAAUGGAUCUGCCACUGAUGUCAAACCUUCAUAAACUUUUAAAGAACUUGUAGGGUGCAAUACCAGCUGGUGUUGCUAAUUCCUCAAUAAAAAAAUUAAAAACCUU